UAUGCAGCAUUUUUGAACUGCCAAAAAUUGCUAAAUUUAAUGUGUCAUUGCAAAAAAAUUAAAAACAAGCAGCGGUUGUAAAAUAAAUCGCACCCUGUAAUUUAAACAAUAGUUUGACAGUCGUUGUCUACACAAUUUGCUGCCAUUGAGGAACCACGAUGAAGAGGAGCACCACCGAAAUUCUGGCCAAGCUAAGGCAGCUGAUGCUGCGGGCCCAAGGGGGCGACUCCAGCGGCAUUUCGGCGUACAUAGUGCCCUCGGACGACGCCCACCAGUCGGAGUACCAGUGCCAGCACGACGAGCGGCGCUCCUUUGUCAGUGGAUUCGAUGGAUCCGCUGGCACGGCGGUGAUUACAACCAAUACCGCCCUGCUCUGGACCGACGGGCGGUACUAUCAGCAGGCGGAGAAGCAGUUGGACGCCAAUUGGGUGCUAAUGCGAGAUGGUCUGACCACCACGCCCUCGAUUGGCGCCUGGCUGGCCAAGAAUCUGCCCAAGGGCAGCUUUGUGGGCGUGGAUCCCCGCCUGCUAUCGUUCCGCGUGUGGAAACCCAUCGAAACGGAGCUUAUCUCUGCGGAAUGCCAACUGGUGCCCAUUGAAAACAACCUCAUCGACGAGGUCUGGGGUCAGGAUCAGCCCCCGCAGACUUCCAACAAGAUUAUCCCCCUGAAACUGGAGUAUUCCGGCGUGCCAAUAGCCAAGAAGUGGGAGGUGGUGCGCAACCAGUUGAAGGAUAAGAAUGUGGACGCCCUGGUCGUCAGUGCCCUCGAUGAAAUCGCUUGGUUCUUGAACCUUCGCGGGUCGGACAUUGACUUCAACCCCGUCUUCUUCUCCUACUUGGUUGUCACCCACGAUGAACUACUGCUCUUUGUGGACUCUGGUAAAUUACCCAACGAUUUUGCCCAGCACCAAACAGAGAACAAUGUACAGAUCAGCGUUUUGCCCUACGCCUCAAUUGGUUUGGAAAUCAGCAAGAUUGUGUCGACCAAGGAGUCAAAGAUCUGGAUAGCACCGACCAGCAGCUACUACCUAACUGCUUUGAUACCCAAGUCACGUAGAAUUCAGGAGGUAACGCCCAUCUGUGUGCUAAAGUCCAUCAAAAACGAAGUCGAGGUUAAGGGCUUCGUCAACAGUCACAUUCGCGACGGAGUGGCUCUUUGUCAGUAUUUUGCCUGGCUAGAAGAUCAAGUGAAAAAGGGUGUGGAUGUCGAUGAAAUAUCUGGCUCCGAUAAGUUGGAGUCCUUCCGCUCGACGAAGGAUAAGUACAUGGGCCUCAGCUUCACCACAAUCAGUGCUUCGGGACCCAAUGGCUCUGUUAUUCACUAUCACCCGAGGGAGGAAACCAAUAGAAAGAUAAACGACAAGGAGAUUUAUCUGUGCGAUUCGGGAGCUCAAUAUUUGGAUGGCACCACGGAUGUAACGAGGACUCUGCACUUUGGUGAACCCACCGAAUUCCAGAAGGAAGCCUACACACGCGUUUUGAAGGGACAACUUAGUUUCGGCGCCACCGUAUUCCCGGCUAAGGUCAAGGGCCAAGUUUUGGACACUCUGGCGAGGAAGGCCCUGUGGGACGUUGGAUUGGAUUACGGGCACGGCACUGGCCAUGGAGUGGGCCACUUCUUGAAUGUCCACGAAGGUCCAAUGGGUGUGGGAAUUCGUCUGAUGCCCGACGACCCCGGUCUCCAGGCGAACAUGUUUAUCUCCAAUGAGCCUGGCUUCUACCAGGAUGGAGAGUUUGGAAUCCGUGUCGAGGACAUUGUGCAGAUUGUACCCGGCCAAGUGGCACACAAUUUCGCCAAGCGUGGCGCCCUGACUUUCAAAACUAUCACAAUGUGCCCAAAGCAAACUAAAAUGAUCAAAAAGGAACUCCUUUCCGACGUGGAAGUAAAGCUACUCAAUAGCUAUCAUCAGGAAGUUUGGGAUACUCUUUCCCCAAUCUUGUCUCGUGAAGGUGACGAGUUUACUUUGUCAUGGCUUAAGAAGGAAGUUCAGCCAAUUUAAUAGCAUUUUAACAGCUUUUUCGUUAUUCAUAUCUAUUAUUCUGUCACAUACUCUUCUCAAGACUAAUCUAUUAAAAAUGCUUUUAUAGAUCUUAAAAAAAAAUCUAAUUAUACAAAUGCACCCUA